AAAUAUUAUGUAACAUAUUGGCAACAUAUGGAAUAUAUAACUUAAUUUUAAUACAUGUUAAUAAGUUGUGUUUGCUACACGGAAUAAUCUAAAUUUAAAUAUUGCCGCGAAACACUGAUGAAGUUCUCGCCAGAUGACGCGGAAAUUAUCAUAACCUCCAAGAAGCUUUUGAAAACAUAAAGAGAUAAAAAUAUAAAUACGAAUAUUUAAAAUGAUUAUUUCUAUGCAGAUUUAAGAUAUUUGCCUAGUUUGCACAAUAUUAUUAAGCUGAUCUCACAGCGAGUGUUAACAAUUACAAUUGACGCUUAGAGCAAUCGAGAACGAUGAGUGAAUUUAAAUUACAUCAUUUGAUAGUACAAUUAAUCGAAUUAUUAGGUUCGGAAUCUGCUCCGGAGAGACACUUGGAGAGGCUACAGAAAGAGAACUUGACAGCAAACGCGUUAAACGCGAUUGCUCCUCACAGUUGUAUCCAGCAUCUCGCGAAGAUUUCGUCCCAGCCAGAAUUAUUUGUACAGAAAUACGAGGAACUGAAGUCAAGAAAAGUAGAUUUGUUAGGUCCAUUUGUGCAGACUUUGGAAUUGAUAUCCCAAGAUGACGAACUAAAGAGAUACUUGUCAAGAUCCGUACCACGAGCAACGACUAGUUCUCUGAGGGAUCCUACCAUUACACAGGAAGAUUUACCAAAAAUUUGCAAAACUGUAAUUAAAGCUGCUGUGGAAGGAGGAAAGAAAUUAAACCAGCAAGUUUGUUCAAUCAGUAAGAAAAGUGAUGGUAUCUUAGUGAAGCAUAAUUGGGUAAUGGAACGUCCACGCAUAACAUGGGAUUUUCACAGUGACACCACUGUUGCACUUUAUCAAAAAGUUGUACCAAUUAUAUCUCAGGAGUCCAUACUUCUUUGGGAUAUUUUAUAUUGCCUGAAAGGAAUAGAUGGAUCAUAUAUUGUUUCGGAACCAUUAACGAGUCCUUAUGGCGUUAAGACUUUCAAUAUAUUACCAGAUGUUGGUGUAUCAUUUAAGCAAUUGGCGCAACAGAUAUUACCUUUAGCCUCAUAUUACUCCAUGACGGUGAGAUUUGUUGAAGAAAAGGUUUCGCCGGAUGAUGGACAAGUCAAUCAUGCUCUGAGAGGAGCUAUACGAUCUCUGCUGAAAGAUUAUUUGCUCUUCGUCGUGCAACUUGAGACAGAACACAUCCAUGGUAAACUAAGUUUGCAGAAGUUAUGGUUUUACAUCCAGCCUACUAUGCUUACAAUGUCCAUACUUUCUCAAAUUACAUCCACAAUAUGUAAGGCGGAUGCUAGAGGGGGCAAAGUAUUGAGCCUUUUGCAUGAGCAGACGUUGAAUAAUGUCAGUGGUGAAGCAAAGUCUAAAGAACUGUGUUUAUAUCUGAUGCAAGCGGCUAGCAUGCCAUAUAUGCAAAUUUUAGAAAAAUGGGUUUACAAAGGAGUGAUAUGCGAUCCAUAUCAGGAAUUCUUUGUAGAAGAUAACGAAUUGAUUCAAAGAGAAGAACUUCCCGUGGAUUAUUCUGCAGAUUAUUGGGAAAAGAGGUACACUAUGCGAUUAGAAAGAAUACCUGUAUUCUUGAAUGAACAUGCACAAACUAUACUUAGAACAGGAAAAUAUUUUAAUGUGAUUAGACAAUGUGGUAAAACAGUGCAGUGGGGGAAACAAGAACCAUUAAGCUAUCAGUAUCAAGGACAGAAUUAUAUUGCUGCCAUUGAUAGAGCCUAUUCAGAGGCUGCUAGAAAAUUAUUAGAGGUGCUUAUGAAAGAAAAUGAUCUGAUGGGCAGACUACGUAGUGUAAAGAGUUACUUUCUUCUUGCUCAAGGAGAUUUUGUGGUCCAAUUUAUGAAUCUAUGCGAGGCCGAGUUGAAUAAAAGUAUAUACGAUAUCGUUCUGCAUCGUUUAGCAUCUCUUCUCGAAGUUGCCUUGCGAAUGUCUACUGCAGAUUCAGAUCCCUAUAAAGAUGAUCUGAAGCCGGAAUUACUUCCAUACGAUUUACAAUAUCAAAUGUUUAGAAUACUAUCUAUCCAAACGAGAGACGAGAAAGAAUAUUGUUUUCAAGCAGGUAAAGUUUUGUCAGGUUUGGAAGCUUUCGUCUUCAAUUACGAUGUUAAAUGGCCAGUUUCUCUAAUCAUUAAUAGGAAGGCCAUAGCUUGUUAUCAAAUGCUUUUUAGGCAUCUGUUUUAUUGCAAAUAUGUUGAAAGACUCUUAUGCAGAGUAUGGAUCAGCAAUAAAAUAGCGAAAACUUUCACGCACGAAGUGGCUAUGACUUACAGACAAGCAUUUUCAUUACGGCAGAGAAUGCUUGAUUGUAUACAGCAUUUGGAAUACUAUAUGAUGGUAGAAGUUGUGGAACCAAAUUGGUUAAAAUUUAUAAAUAAAAUGAGCAAGGUCAGUAAUGUCGAUGAUGUAUUAAGCGUGCAUCAAGAUUUGCAAGAUAGUUAUCUGAAGGAAUGUAUGUUAACGGAUCCUGAUCUUCUUAGCUGUAUCACUGGUAUAUGCGCUAUAUGCGUAGAAUUUUGCAAUUUUAUGCAGCGUAUGAGCCGCUACUACAUUGAUGCUGAAUUGACAUCCAUGAUCAGUACCUGUCAGGAAGAUGUCUAUGAAUAUGAGAUUGAGAAUAAUUCUACUGCGAAAGAUGGGACAGAAAGUUUUGAAAAAAUAAUCGUAUCGUUAGACGAAAGAUUCACUAAAGUAUUGACACGACUUCUAGAUCGAAUUUGUGAUUUGGGUUGUGAUAAUAAUAAUGAAAAAUUACUUAAUGUGUUAUGUCGGCUUGACUUCAAUAUGUUUUACACCGACAUACUGAUACGUCGAGGAAGAGAGAAGACCGUUACACAGCAAGAUAUAUCUGGCUAGUAAUACAUUCUAAUUUAUGCACGCACAUCACAGAUUUCUAUACGCACAUGCAGCGACAUGAACAUGUUGUACGUAUGCAUAUAUAAAAAAUGAAAAUGAAUUCAACAAAAUUUACUACAAUUAUCUUUUGUCGAUAUAAAUUAUAUACAAAAAAUCUCAUUAAAGACUUAAAAAAGUUUCGUAUAUAAACCUCAUAAUCAACAAUGAUUUACUUAUGGUUAAAAAAAUAAAUAUACAAAUAAUAAGACGAUUUUGAAUGGAUAAUUGGAGAAACACUCGUUAUAUGUUAUAUAAAUCAUGCAAUGAUAUAUUCAUAUAUUUGUAUGUCAUAUAAUAGUUAGAUAAAUUUCAGAUCAAUUACCAUUGUAUUGAAUUUAUAAUAAAUUUAGAAUUUAAAAGAAUUUAUAAUAAUGAUGUAUAUUUACACGCAGCUAAGUUAAAUCUAUGGUUAUAAUAAAAUAUAACACAUGCUUGGCA